CGACGCAAGCUAUUGUUGAGCUUCCACUACCACAACCACAAACACACGCUGCACGCCUGCACCAGCCAUGGCAGGACCUUCCCCCCUUCGUCUCGAUCCUGCCUACGAAAAGUACAACACGUUAAACAAGGAUCGGUACAAGUAUUUCAAGUGGACACCCCGCACAGCAUGGAUUUCGUUCAUGUAUGCCAUCGUGGUACCAACUGCGGUGGGCUACCUGUUCGCCAAAACAGAUGGCAAAUAUGACAUGCGCGGCAAGUUGAAGGGAGACACCAUCCGGGAAUGGUAGACUUAUACACUACCGGCGUUUCAGGGUUCUAGACGAACUGGUGAUUGAAAAUGUACAUAUGGGCAACCUCAAUGAAAAAUCAGAGACGAAAGAACCACCCUUUGCAACAGACCUUUUCUAUCCUGACCGCCGUGCAUGGAUUUUGGGCCAUCUAGCACCAGAUAUCCACUCAGCAAAGACGUCUCACAUCAUCGGAAAGCUCGCAAAGGCUGGACAAAAGCCACUUCAAUCACGUAAAUCACCGUGUCAAGACGACUCAGGUCGAUACUUGCAGUUGUCUCAUAACGAGGCGUGUCAAACCCGCCAGGAGUUUGGCAACUCAAGAAAGACUUUCCCCUUCCUCUUAUAUAUUCCUUCACGAUUUUCC